AUGAAUCUACAAACGAAUAUUCGGAAAAUGGAGAAGCACAAUGAAGGAGUGCAGGCACAGGGAAUGGGGGGAAUGGGGGGAGUAAGGAUUCAUCGGAACGAUAUUUCACAAUCACGGCUGUUUAAUGGAUAUUCAGUGGCAGCAGAGAAUGAAAACUUGCCACUUCUUCGGUCGUUUUCAUCACCGACUUUACGGCCUGCUGAACUUGGUAAAAAUUCGUUUGGAGCAUUAGCAUCGACAUCAGCGUCGUCAGUGGAAUCAUCAGCAGCAUCAGCUGUCUCAAUAACACAGCCAGCAAUGCCAUCGCCAGAUGUCCUUUUUUCAAAGCAUACGCCAACAACGUAUGCAACAGUGCAUGCAGGAGGGCGUGUUGAAAGGACAAACGCAUCGAGACUUGGAUACAGGGUGUAUGAAGAUUCGUUUUUGCAAACUUCUUCCGCAACAGCGUCUGCUUUUCAUCCACCAUCUACACAACAAACGAUUUCAUCUUUUUCGUAUGAUCCUUCAGUUGUGACGCCGAUGACGUAUAAUAAUUAUGGUUAUAUGGCACGCAGAACCGUGUUUAAACCUAGAGAGAAGCAACCCAAUUGGUUGAAUGAAUCAGAAACAAUACCAACAGGAUCUGUACAGAACUCAAAUAUAAAUAAUACUUUUGUUCCUUCGGGUGUUCCUGCCUCUAUAUCUGAUAGUCAAGAAAAUUCUUUACAAGAUAAUUCUUUCCAAGAACCUACAAUGAACACGUUAAAAACGACCAACAGAGCGGAAGAUGGUGUAAUUCCUUCUGCAAUUGUUGUUAAGAAUAUACCAUUUCAGAUUAAGAAAGAGCAACUUCUUGAACUUUUUGAUACUCUUGAUAUUCCCAAACCAUAUGCGUUUAAUUAUCAUUUUGAUAAUGGAAACUUUCGAGGUCUCGCUUUUGCUAACUUUUAUACGCCGGAAGAAACAACACGUGUAAUUCUUUCGCUUAAUGGGCAUGACAUUAUGGGUAGAAAACUUCGUGUUGAAUACAAACGUGUUUUGCCUGUUGGAGACCGUGAAAGACCAAGUCGUGAAAAGAAGGAAAAAAGAACCCAAUAUGAUGAACAGAAUAAUUCAAAUAACCCUGGAUAUACUAAAGGCAAAGGGAAAUUCAAAGACAUUGAUCUUAAUGAUGAAGCUACAUUGAAAAUUUACUCUCGUUUGUUACUUUUUCGUAAUGAUCAGAGCCCUAAUGCUCCUAAUGAAUUUAUUUUUCCCCCGGAUUUAAAUCCUCAACAACGUCGCAUUGUUCAUCUUGUUGCAGAGAAAUUAGAUCUUGAGCAUACAUCAUGUGGAGAAAAUGACGCUAAAUACAUUGUUGUUAAGCGUUUAAAUGCAAAUAAUAUUGAUAAUAUGAAUAAAAAUUUUUGGAAUAAACCGGAUUUUGGUGUUCCUGGUCAAUCAGCCAACUUUGUCCCAUCUUUAUUAACAACCAAUUCAGCAACCCUUGGGAUGACAUCAACGACACACGAUUUUUUUGGUAAUUCUUAUACAGAUUUUAGAGUAUGGCCAACAAAAACAUUUAAUGAUAUUAGAAAUAUAAAUACUCAAAUACCAUCAAAAACAUAUUUACAUAAACAAAUGCAACCGCAUAAUACACUUCUUAAUACAUCCUUUGAAUCGGGGCUUCCCGCUACACGAAACGACCUUGGCGCUAUGAUGCAAGACUUAAAUCUUAAUGUUACUAAUAAACAACUUAAAAAUACAGAAUGGGAAACGAAAAAAGGAUUCCGAAAUAUGGCCAUAAAAACUAAUACAGACUAAACCAGCAAUCAAAUACAGCUUUGUUACCGAAAGUAUAUAUAAUUUGUAC